UAGCUAGCACCGAAAUGAUCCAUGAUAUAUAGGCACCAAUUGUCAACUGGGCUGUUUUCCCGAUCUCCAUUUAUAUAUAUAGGCAGCAUCCCAUCUUAAUCUUGUCCUCAUUCUAGCUAAGCUACCUCACUUUUGUUCUGCAUAGGCUUCAAGCUUGCUUAUUGCUGUGACAUCCAAGAAAGAUGUACAUGGCUUCACCUGCUGCCGCUAGCGCUGUUAAGGAGGCCUUGGUCGUCGUCGCCGUGUGCGUCGUCCUGCUGCUCCACUCUUCGGCGGGACACCAGCCGCCCAAGUCGCCGCCGCGGCCGCCUGCACGGCCGCGUUGCCAUUACACAGGGCCCUCGCCGUCGCCGACUCCGUUGCCAGCACCCACGCCGACGACGCCGACGCCGACGCCGGUGCCAGCACCACCGCCGACGCUGCCACCACCAGCGCCCACGCCAACGCCCGCGCCGGCGCCCGUCAACAACUGCAGCUACAGUGACUGCGCCACGCAGUGUAGUCCGAUCUGCUAUGCCAACCGCGACGCCGGCAUGGCCAAGUGCGAGAGCGACUACGUCACCAACUUGAAUGGGUGCUACGACAGCUGCACUAGCCACGUCUGCCCCGGCGACUCCUCCUGCGUCAACAGUGGCUGCGGCUACGGUCACUGCCCCUGCGACAACGCCAACGCAACCAGCUGCUGCCAAUCGUGCGGCAGAGGUGUAUUGCCCCAGUAUUUUAGUUGCCGGAAUUACUACGACAGGGCUGUGGAGUACUGCAUGAGGGACUGCAAUAACACCUGCUACAACAACUGCACCCAGGGCGCGUAGAGUUCUUGGUCUCUUGUCAUGAUCAUGCCCAACAAUAUAUAUAUAGGGUGUCUAGCUAUAAGCGUGUGCCAGUCGAUCCUCACUAUAGCUAGUCUGAAUGUUUCUGUAUGUUCAUCAGAUUUCUACGAUCAAAUAAAACAAGGUAAUGAGCUUUGAGCUCUCUGUUUAC